AUGGCGACGGUUCAGCUCAAUCUGCGCGAAAAGCAGCUUAAGGGCCUGCUUCUAGAUGUCGCAGCCUACAUCGACAAGGCCGGGGGUAAGGCUCCCAAUGAGCCUGUGGUACUGAGAUGGGCUGGCGGCUGGGUGCGCGACAAGCUUCUCGGUAUUCAGAGUCAUGACAUUGACACCGCGAUCAACUCGAUGACCGGCUUCGCUUUCGCAAGCAAGCUGCGUGAGUUCUGCGACAAGCCAGAGAAUGUAGAGAAGCACAGCAUUGGGCCGACUGACAUCGGAAAUCUUCACAAGAUCGCGCAAAAUCCAGAGAAGUCAAAGCAUCUGGAGACUGUCACGACGCGUAUCCUGGGAUUCGAUGUGGAUUUUGUCAAUCUACGCAAGGAGACAUACGCGGAGGACAGUCGCAAUCCGCAGAUGGAAUUUGGCACUGCCGAGGAGGAUGCGCUACGCAGAGAUGCUACUGUGAACGCUCUGUUCUACAACCUCAACACCGGGGAGGUUGAGGACCUUACAGGAGGGCUCCCCGACAUGGAUGCUAAGCUGAUCAGGACGCCUAUGGAGCCCUUUCAGACUUUCAUGGACGAUCCCCUCCGAGUCCUGAGGCUCAUCCGCUUUGCCAGCCGCCUCACCUUCAGUAUCGACCCGGAAGCUGAACGGGUUAUGGGUGAUCCGCGUGUUCUGGAGGCCCUUCGCCUCAAGAUCAGCCGAGAGAGAGUUGGCGUUGAGGUCGAGAAGAUGCUCACGGGGCAACAUCCAUGCGACGCUCUUCGCCUGAUAGACCGCCUGGGGCUCUAUCACACGAUCUUCACUGAUUCUGCAGACACUGAGAUGCCUCAGCCAGACAUCACUAGCUGGAGCCGAGCGUACAACUGCCUCGAUGACCUCGAGACACACAAGAGCCCUCGCUCUAUCUAUGAGCUCUUGGUCACGUCAGAAGAAGCCAGACACUUCGCGUGGAACCUUGCCGCCAUCAUCCCCUGGGUGCAAAUUCCAGAUCCGCCAGCUCCAAAAUCUGGCAAACUCCCCACUCCCUAUGCUACGACUGCUGCGCGAGAAGGCAUUAAAGCACCAAACAAGCUGUCCGAUAUUAUCACCGCUGCAUGCCGGAACAGAGAGAAGAUUCUCGAGCUUAAGAGUCUCGUGAACGAGAAGAAUGCAAAAAUGAAUGAGCGGGACAGAUAUGGUAUGGCCAUCCGCGAAUGGGAUGCUCGAGGCGGCCACUGGCGCUUGCAGGUGUUGGCUGCUCUACUGUUCGAUGUUUUGACGAGACCUGUAGCCACGCCAACCACAUCUUCAAACGGCGAGGAGACGAAGCGGAAACCAUUUGCUGGUCUUGAGGAGCUGCUGAGUGAGUGGCAGGAGUUAUUGGACCAUCUACAGGAACUAGAUGUUAUGGAUGCGCCGUCAAUCAAGCGGUUGAUCGACGGGAGACAGCUCUCCCAAGCCCUGGGGAUCAAGCCGGGGAAGUGGAUGACAGCCGCGAUGGAUGCAAUAGAUGUGCCAGAUGAAUUUUCGUGCAGGGAGCUCGUCGAACAUUUGGUCAAGCCCGACGCACCGGGCAAGCGCAAAUAUAUCGCAGCUCUUGCGGCAUGUCUUCACCAUGAGAGCAGAGUCCGCAGCGAGGAGGAUGAUGAUGCUGCCAUCGAGACUAUCUCUGACUUCGCAGCGACAUCUAUAGCACCCGUUGCAGGAGCGAGUGAGCUGGAUGACCAGGGGAGCCCAGAUCCAGAAUCAAUAGACGCAAAUAGCCGACUUUUGGCUCCUUACGGUCUUAGUGUUCUCCAUGCCCUCACUAAGCACGGCGACGCCAAGCUCAGUGACGAGGCCUUGCUCACGGUCGUGGCAUUUACACACGCUGGUGACCCAUUCGGCUCCAACGAAGGGAUAGCAACCAUGGCAGACGAUAUAAUCGAGCUCCAGUUCUGUCGCCCGGACCUCGACUUCGAGAUCUUUGUGGUAGACACCAUCUUGAAGGGCUAUCUUCGACCACUAUUCUCCAAGUCCAAGCCCGCAUCCGUGACGGCUUCAGGACGAAAAGCCGAGUUUCCCGAGGAGGCCGGUGUUCACCGCGGGCUAGAGCAGGAGACACCACAGGCAAAGCCAUGGAAAUUCUCCGAUUUGCGAGCCAUCCCAGCUUUCCAGUGGGCAGUAUCAGUCGCUUUUAAAAAGAUCGUCAGCAAGCAAUGGCCGCUUUUCGUCCCAGUAUUGGUUACAAUGCUAGAGGAGACGGCCACUCCCAUCCGGGUGAGGGGGCUGACCAUUCUAGGAGAGUUCUUGAAGAAGCUCCCAAAUGACACCCUGAAGAACACGGGGCUUCACAGUGUCUUCGAGCAGGCGGUCUUGCCAACCCUGCUCUUCCUUCCUAGCCUUACACCCGAGAAAGAGUCGGUUCAGCUCCUCGAGCCUGCAUACGAAUCAUUACUCACACUAGCUUGGAAACUCGGGAAGGAGGACAAACUCAAACUUUUAGACAAGGUCAUGCGAGACGGCAUCUUCGCGGGAUACUUCCACUCGAAGGAGCAGGUCCGCAUCGUCGAGAUCCUGGUGCAAAAAGCCGGCAAAGUCGUCACAGCGAUGGGCUUGGUGGCAGUGAAGCACAUGAAGGACCUCAUGCCCAUUUACUCCACAAUCAUGACCGACCCGUUCGCCCUCUCCUAUCCGCCUCUACUGCUGGCGGCUAUCGAAUCUCUCCAAUCUACCAUCGCCAUAUGCUGGCCACGCAUCGCGCAAUCACCCACACAGGAUGAGAUCAUCAAGAUCCUCGUCGUAUGCUGGCUGAAUGUCCACGACGACAAGGCGGCAAAAACCCCUGGCGAGAUAGACGACGCACUUAUCAAGACUGCAAGCAUGCUUUCGGAGGCUCUAAAGUCUGCCAAAGUCGACCCAGCCGAGAAGAUUGCGCCUCUGAUUGCAAAAGAACCUCUUCUCGAAGGUCUUUUCAAGGGUUUCUUGACCAAAUAA